AUGACUCUCUUCGAUGACAUUUACCCAUUCUACCCUCUACAAAGAUCCUCCUUCCUCUUCAGUGGCCGUUUGAUCACAAUAAUUAUAGUCUUUCUUUUGCUAGCAGCCAGUCUUCUUAUCAUUUUGCCUGGGAUACGAGGGAAGUCGAGGCUGUUCUGGAUGAUUCGAAUAGUUACCAGCUUGUUCAUAGGUGCAGUGUUAGUGGCGCUCAACUACACCGACGACUGGGCUGAGGCAAGAAUGACCACUAAUGCCACCUAUAAGUCUUUCAGCGACGCAGUGGUUAAUGCUGACAUCGGCUUGCAUAUUGGGCUGUACGGUAUCAACGUGACACUAAAGGGGAAUCCCAUUGUACAGUUCAAUGAGACCAUAGACUACAAUGAGAUGUUCAGCUGGCAUGACACUAUUGAAGAAGAGUAUGAGGAAGCUCUGGAGAAAGGUUUACCCAACCCCAUCCUGUACAUCGCUGAGAAAUUCACCAUAAGCAACCCAUGUGGACUCAUCUUUCAGUACAGAUACUCUGGCCGAUACGCCUCGGCAACCCUCUGGACGGCUUUCUGCUGCUGGAUUCUCGCCAAUAUCCUCUUCUCCAUGCCGGUCAUUCUGUACGCUGGGUACAUGAUGAUGGCUACCGCUGCCUUCAUCUUCUUCGCCAUGGCUUCUUUCUCCACUAUCAUGAACGCACCUCAGUGUGUGUUCUCCAUAGGAUCCAAUUCAUUUGAAGCACAGUACAGCCAUUCAUUCUGGCUGGCUCUGGCUACAGGUUUGCUGUGCACCAUCAUCGGUGUUCUGGUGACGAUGUUGCACUUUCUCAUACCAGAGAAGAUGAAAGAGGCUUUCAGUGUUAGUGUCGACAGUUAUGAAGAUGAGGAUGUUUCUUAUGGGGAGGGCUACCUUAAUGCAGUGUUUCUUGAUGGAGUGACAAUUUCACCGCUGUCAUCAAAAGUCAGAGAGGAACAUAUAUGACGCUGUCUUGGUUUCCCUCAGGGAGUUUUUCCAGACAAUACUUGAAGAUAUUUCUUGCUGAAUGUGUUACAGAUUAAGUGUCUUAUUUCUCAUCUGUUUUAAUUAUCUUUGUGAGCCUGUGAAGUGUUAUACAUCAUUGAACUGUACAUAGUUGUAUUUGUGAAGUUUAAUGGCAU